GCACCCAGCGAGGAGGAGGCGGAGGCCUCCCCAGCGCAGCGCACCUCGUCGUCCGCUGCGCUGCCCGCGACCAACGCGGCGCAGGUGCCCUCGCGGGCCAGGGCGCCCCCGCAGCCGGCGGCAGGCAGAGCCAGCUGGGCCGCCACCGCGAAGGCGGCGGCCGCGGCCGCGGCGGCCGACGCCGUGGUCAUCGCGGCCGCCGGCGCG